AUGCCGAAACCUCGCCAGUCUGAUGCAGUCACUGUUCCAAGUCCUAUUUUAGGGAGUCCUAAUAGCAAAAAGCGCAAGAGGGGUGAACCAACUCUUGCAGAACACAAGACUGCCAACCAUUUGAGCCCCAAGAACGGAAAGCGUACGAAAACAACCGACAAACCUCCACACGGUGCUCAGCUCUCACCAGCUUCGCCCCGACAUCGACGCAAAGAGGCCAAUUGGCAACUAGAAACAGGAUUGACUACAGAGGUAAAGGCAGAGGAGCACGGCACGGUUACGACAGAAAAAACCAAGGUCCGCAUCAAGGAAGAUACAGAGCACCAAGCAGGCAAGAAGGCGACUCGGAGACGAGAUAAUCCAAAGCCUGCGAAACGAGAAUAUCUAGACCUGGAUGAAGACGACUCCGGGGACGAGGAAGAGCGCCAAAAAUCCAAGCGAAAGCGCAAGACUAGGGAAGAGAAAGAGGCUGAAGACAUGCCGCUCGCUGCCCGAGCAGUCGGCUUGAAGAUGUUUGUUGGUGCGCACACGAGCAUAGCCAAAGGGGUGGAAAAUGCAAUUACCAACAGCGUCCAUAUCGGCGGUAACGCAUUCGCUUGUUUUCUCAAAUCACAGAGGAAAUGGGACAAUCCACCCCUAAAAGAUGAGAACAGAGAUGCCUUUCACAAGGCUUUGAUAGAACACAAGUACGAUGGCACGGCACAUGUUGUCCCGCAUGGGUCAUACCUGGUCAACCUGGCCACAGAAGACAAAGCCAAAGCCAUACAAUCUUACGAUGCAUUUAUUGACGACCUCCGUCGGUGCGAAGCCUUGGGUAUUCGAUAUUACAACUUCCACCCAGGAGGAGCCGGACAAGGUCCAUUUGGUGAAGCAGUCACCCGACUGGCCAAUCGACUCAAUCACGCACUAUCCGAGACCAGCACGGUGGUCCCCUUACUCGAAAAUAUGGCCGGGCACGGCACAUUAAUUGGAGGGCGAUUUUCCGAUCUUCGAGACGUCAUCUCUCAGAUCAAGUCUGAAUAUCAAUCCCGAAUUGGCGUUUGUAUCGACACAUGUCAUGCUUUCGCGGCGGGCUAUGAUCUCCGAACAGCGGAAGCAUUCAAGAAGACGAUGGACGAGUUCGAUGAAGUUGUCGGCUUCAAGUACCUCAAAGCCCUGCAUCUCAAUGAUUCGAAGGCCCCGUUCAACAGUCACAGAGAUUUACACCAGAAUAUUGGCCUGGGGUUCCUUGGUCUCCGAGCAUUCCACCACGUCAUGAACGAACCACGUUUUCAGGGCUUACCAUUGAUUCUCGAGACGCCGUGUGAGAAGCCAGACCCGAAAGAUCCCAAAGGGAAGAAGACAAUUGAGGAUAAAUCUGUCUGGGCCACGGAGAUCAAACUUCUGGAAAGCCUCAUCGGGAUGGAUCCCGAAGGCGAUGACUUCAAAAAACUGGAGAAGGAAUUGAGUCACAAAGGGAAGAAGGAGAGGGACGAAAUGCAGGCGCAGUUCGAGAAGAAGCUGGAGAAGGAGAGGACGAAAAUGGCCAAGGAGCGCGAGAAGGGUCAGAAAAGUCUAAAGGACAUGUUCGGUGCGAAGCGGGAUGUGAAAUCUUCCCUGAAGAAGAAAAAUGGUAGUGAGUGUGAUGAUGUGAGUGGGCUGGGCGAGGAUGAAGAUCAUAUGUGA